CAACUCGAUGCCAGUCUGCCUCCGUACGCAGGAAGGAACAUACGGAAUUUUUUCCCCCUCUCCGCUUUUCGUUCCCAUUCGAUAUCCUUCCCUUUUUUCCCCCCCAACUUCCCUAAAUGUAACCCCUCAAGUUUAUGCUAUGGACGGGGAAACCAUGGAUAGCCGGCGCUAGCGUAGUGGUGUUAAACAUGAUCUGGAAGUGUCUAGCCAGGGAUAAGUGUCGAUGGUUGUGUUAAAGUCUCCGUGCUAGCAAGACCGCGGCGUGCCAUGGACUUUCACUCAGUACGGAAGCAGCCUGGCCGGGCCCUGCUCCUUGUUCUGGCCUGUUCCUCCGUUCUCCUGUUCUUCCUGAACCAGUCCCACCUCGCAGCCCCCUUCAGGACGGACCCCCGUUCCAGCCCGCGCUUCGAAGGCGUCCUGGCAGACACGCCCAACGCCCGCACGCCCAUCGCCACGCCCUACGCACAGAGACGGAUUCAGGACUACCAGAGCCCGGAGUACACAGCCCCGGGAGACACAGCGCCACAGCCGCCACAGAAGGCUCCUCCUCCUGAUGCAGAGGAACGCGAAGAAGAAGGAGGAGGAGGAGGAGAAGAAGAACAAGGAGAAGGAGAGGAGGAAGAGGAGGAAGAGGAGGAAGAGGAAGAGGAACCAACUGGGGAUGAAGGGAGGAAAGAGAACAGCACGGAGAGCAUAAUCGCCGCCAUCUUGGACCAGCAGAGGGAAGAGAUUCUGCAAGAUAUGAAGGGCUAUGUGUUUCAUCCCAAGCUGAAGGCGAGGAGCGCGAAGGACCUCGUGCUCGAGCAAGGCGGGAAGCCGGUCCGGAGUUUGGUCAUAACGACAUGGCGGUCGGGAUCCACAUUCAUCGGCGACGUGCUGCAGAGUCACCCGGGGACCUACUACCACUACGAGCCCCUCCUGGACUUCGGCAUCAAUCAGGUGCGCUAUGGCCAGGACGCGGCUCGGGCGCUGCACAACCUGAAGCACCUUCUCACCUGCGAUUACAGCGAAAUGGUGAAACUCAUAGCCGUCCGCUAUGAAGACUUAUCGUUCGACGCCUACAACAUGACAAAGGAACUCUUUGACUUCUUCCACCUGAGCUACCACCCUCGCGUGCAGUCCUUCCUCGACACGCACACCAAGCAGACCAUCGGGGGCGUGUCCAGCACCUUCAGGGACUCCAAGACGGCGCCCAUCCACUGGAAGACCGACCUCGAGUGGGCGGAAGUGGAGAGGAUUCAGAAGGUGUGCCACAAAGCUCUCAAGCUGUGGGGUUACAACGUAGCCAAGAACGAGGAGCACCUGCGCGCGUUCAUGCCCGUCGGCCGCUCCAAGUUCCCUUGA